GGCAGAGAGACGGUAUUUGGGUCUACUCACCACUGACUUUCAGCGCAGCACACAGUUCCGGCGCCGUAUACGUAUUGUUAAACACGACAAAAGGACACCCGAUGCGCGCGGCGCCCAACAGGGUCUCAAUGUACUCGUAGCGAUUGCCCGCCAUGAUGCCGACGCAAUCGCCGUGUUUCAGGCCGGCUUCCAGCAUGGCUUUCGCCAGCAGUUUGCUCCGCUCCGCUAGAUGCUGGAAGGUCAUGUUGUGGUUCUGCCAGGAGAAGACGCAUGCGACUCGGCUGCCAUUUUUGCUGGCUUGUUCGUCGAUCAACUCGCGCAGUGUUUGGGUUGAUAGAGGUGGUGUUUUGGGCCCGUGUAAUAAUGACAGUGAUGCCGAAGUCGAACUUGGUUUCGACGUGUUGCUGCUGGAACUGGUGGCCAUUUUGACGGUAAAGAGAGCGACCACGAUAUGAUAUCAAGAGACAAACGACAAAAAGAAAGUCCUGGACCGACCCCGGGCACAAGGAUCAACGACGGUGGGCGAGGGCGUCCGAGUCACACUGGCACACACACAAGCCUGCGACGACAACAAGAAUUAUCUUUUUGUUUCUAGACGCCCUGCAGGAUCAAGGCUGGCGUAUGAGCUUCAAGGUUCCCCGGCCUUCCCUCAGCUUGGCCCUGAAGUGGAAUCGAGGUGCCAGUAGUUGUGGCCGAUGCACCACUGAAGUUGGGACGAGGAGUGGUCGAUCGGCCCCGGGCCGGGCUGGUGAAGUGGGCCGCGCGGGUUUCGAACACUCAAAAGUUCUGGGGACGGUUACCAGGACCAGGACCAGUCGCCCCGCCUGGGGUCCGUUCCCUGCCAGCGUCACUUCAGUUCCGCUCAGCCUCGGAGCUUGGGUCCUCGCCAUUUUUCCUGUACAACUUGAACAUUGUAUGGCGCUAAGGACACCAGCGACCUUGGACAGCCGCAUUACUACAACACAGAUAUCUGCCGAUAGACUGCUGGGAGCGCUGUGUUGUCAAAGUGAAGAGGCCACCGCUUACUCUGGAGGGCUGGAGUUGUUUUUGUCGUCUUGAUUCCCUUAUCCUUCCAUCUUGUUGUCAGCCAUAAUGACGACCAUCGACGCGUUUCCGGCCAUCGAGUCCAAACCCAACAGUCUCGACGCUCAAAGCAAGGCCAACCGCGAUGCCUGGGCGCCGGUUCUGGAACAGUACGAGAAGAAUCUGCAAGCGACGACGUCCGAAGGGACUGAGAUUUCCCUGAAGCGUCAUCAAGCACGGGGCCAACUGCUGGCUCGCGACCGGAUCAGCUUGUUGUUGGAUCCCGACACCCCGUUUCUCGAAUUAUGUUCUUUCGCCGGCUUCGGCUUGAAAGAUUCAAGUCCAUGUGCGAGUCUCAUCGCGGGGAUAGGGAGCGUCUGCGGGAGAUUGUGCCUGAUUCGAUCGCACGUCCCGUCGCAGAGCGGAGGUGCCUGGAAUGAAUAUACAGUGUUGAAACAAAACCGAGUGACCGAAAUUGCCAACGAGAAUAAUUUACCCAUAAUCGCCCUGAUCCAAUCAGCCGGCGUAUUUCUCCCUCAGCAAUUCAAAGUGUUCCAUAAAGGAGGCCAAUUAUUCCGCGACCUGGCACUGCGCAGCCGAAAUGGCAAACCGACGUGUUCGGUCGUGUUCGGCUCGUCAACGGCAGGGGGCGCAUAUGACCCGGCCCUGUCGGAUUAUACCAUCUUUGUCAAGGAUCAGGCGCAAGUGUUUCUGGGAGGACCGCCGCUGGUCAAGAUGGCAACAGGCGAAGUUAUCGAUGCUGAGUCAUUGGGCGGUGCAUCGAUUCAUGGUUCAGUCACUGGGUUGGCGGACCAAAUUGCCAUGGACGAAUUCGACGCAGUCCGCAAAGCCCGAGACUGGGUCCUAACCCUCGACGACUCAACGCUCCUCCUACCACGCCAAAUCUCACCUCCUCUAUCACCUCGAUACCCAGCCGAAGAGAUUCUAUCACUAGUCAACCCAGACAUCCGCAAACCAUUCGACAUGCGCGAAGUUUUGCUCCGGAUCGUCGACGACUCACGCCUGUUGUUUUUCAAGCCCGAGUACGGCCGCAAUUUGUUGACGGCAUUCACGCGUAUCCAGGGGAUCCCGACAGCAAUCAUCGCGAACCAAACACCGGUGAUCCACGCGGACGAGGCAUCCAAGGGCGCCCAAUUCAUCCGACUAUGCAACCAGCAACGAACACCGAUUGUUUUCCUCCACAACGUGACCGGGUUCAUGGUCGGAUCGAAAGCCGAACACUCGGCCAUUAUCAAGAAGGGCGCCCAGUUCGUGUCCGCAGUCAGCUGCUCGACGGUGCCGCACAUCUCGGUGAUUCUGGGCGCCUCGUACGGCGCGGGCAACUACGCCAUGUGUGGUCGUGCCUAUAGGCCAAGAUUCCUGUUUACUUGGCCCAUUGGUCGAUGCAGCGUCAUGGGUCCCGAUCAGUUGUCUGGUGUUAUGAGGACUGUCGAGACGAACAGUGCAAAGGCAAAAGGUGUCAAAUUGGACCCCAAGGAUAUUGAUGCAAGAGUCAACAAGUUCAGGGAUGGUGUCCAGAGAGAUAGCGAGUGUUAUCGAACGAGUUCGGUCUUGUUGGAUGAUGGGAUCAUUGAUCCCCGUGAUACGAGGGAUGUGCUGGGCAUGUGUUUGGAGAUUGUGAAUAAUGCUCCGAUUGAGGGGGCUGAGGCGCAUCGGGCUUUGGCGAGGAUGUAGUGUGGUUAUCGUAUAAGUAUCUACCUACGUACGUAUAUACAUGUAUACGAUCAUUGUUGUCACCAUGGG